AUGCGCACGUCAUUAUCACAAACAGAUAGUAUUUAUAAUAUUACUAAAACGCCCGUUGAAGAAAAAUCCGUUCGGGAAAUUCCUCGUCGAUCUCAAAAAGCAUUUGAUAUAAAUGAUGCAAAAAUAUUAAAAAAUGAAAUUGAUCAAUCAUUCAAAAAUACGAUUGGAAAACUUACUAUUUUUGAUCAACGUGAUGAAAUAGCUGAAUCUGUACAAUCGCUUGCAAAUCAUCUUCAGCCUGAACGACCAAUUACUCCUCCAGAUGAGGACGUAACAUUGGACUCAAUUCCACGUGAUGUUGAUCAAUUAAUUGCUUUAAUUCGACGUCGACUUGAUGUUCGACGAGUACCACCACCGACCAGUCGUUUAACUUCCGAUGAUUUAUCUCAAUUAGCAUCAGUUAUUCUUACUCAAAUGCGUUCAAAAUGGUUAGAUCUUGAAGAUAUGCGUGUUCAACAUCCAUUAUUAACACCAAAACGAAAUCAUGAAUUAAUUCGUCGUCUGAUUGUUAAUAUUAUUACAAUUUGUACAAAUAUAUUUGAACAUAUAACUCAAGAAUCUCAAGCUUAUCAUGAUCGAUAUGUUUUUUCACAUGCAGCUAAUAUGACUCGAUUACGAACAUUACUUGCUGAUAAAAUCAAUACUUUAAUUAAUAUUCAUUCAUUACGUGAACAUCUUGCAUUUGAAAUGAUUGAAGAAGAACGAUUAAAAAAACAUUUAAUACCUGAAGAUACAAAUAGAAAAAGUCCUCGAAAACAGUUAAAUAAACCAACUAUUCUAUCACAACAUAAUCCAGCUAUUCGGGAUGUGAUUGAACAAACUGGUAAAAGUUAUAGAUAUAGACCAGCAAAUGCUGAUUAUGAUUCAAAACAAUAUUUUCAUCAAAUGAUGACAAGUAUGCCUGAUAUUACUCUUUUACGUCGUCCACCUGUUCUACUACCACCAAUGACUAGAAGAACUGAUUCAGCAACAUCCUCAAGAGAUUCUUUUAGUCAAUCAAAAAGUAUGAGACCAAAAUCAGCUGAGAAAUUAAGUAAAUCAUCAUUAGAAAAACAAGAAGAAAAAGAUCUUACUCAAAGAAUCUUAAAACGAGCAAAAUAUGGAUCAUUGCCCAAUAUUCAUGAGAAAUUUCUUUCAGAAGAAUUUGAUUUUAAUUUUAAUAAUUUAAAAAAAUUAAAAUAUAAAACAACAGAUAUCAUACGUGAACGAUAUUGUGCUCCCGAAAAAAAAAAAAAGGAUGAUAAAUCAGCUAAACCUAUUUCAAAUCGAGAUGAUCUCAUAAAAUUAACAACUCUAGUAAAAACCGAUGAAGAAGAUCCAUCGGAUGAGAUCUCACCAUUAAUUAAGGUUCUUACAUCAUCUCAUGAUACUCAAGAACGUAUUGAUGAAUGUAAACAAACAGUUGUAGCUAUAGCAAAAAAACGAAAGAAAUUUCUUGAUGAAAUAAAAGAAAAUGCUCGAGAUGAACCAUUAUAUCCUCAACCUGCAUCCAUUGAAAAAGCAUUUAAAAAUUUAACAUUUCGUGUGUCUGAUAUAACACUUGCAAAUUUUCUUUUUCAAUCAACAUUUCUUUUAACAAGUUUUUCAACUAUAUUCAAUAAUUAUUUUGGAGAUAUUGACGAUGAUACAACUGCAUAUCUUGAUAGAAAUUUACAUAUUGGACAACAAGUUAAAGAUGUAUAUGAACAAUUAUUAACUACGAUCGAUACGGAUCUUUGUUUUAAAUUAGACAUGGAUACAUAUGUUGUUCAAAGUCCUGAUCGUCUUAAUUUACCAAUUGCUCAAGCAUCAUCAACUUUAACAAAACCAUUUGUCGAUCAAAUAAAUAAUCAAGAUUUAGCCAAACGACAUGAACCACCUUGGGUUGAAUUUGAUAACAAUCGUCAACGUUGGAUUCAAACACCAGAUCCUCGUCGAAUAGAGGAAGAUGCAGAAGCAAAAAAGAAACUUAGUCUUAAAAAUCGAAAUAAAGGCUUACCAGAACCAACCGUUAAUAUGAGUCUUGUUCCUGAUCCACAAUUAAUUGCUUCAUAUAAACCACGUAAUCCUCGUCAAACACGUGAUUUUCAAUUGUGGAAAGAUUACUGGACACAAGUUUAUACAGAUAAUGAUUAUUUAAAAUUUUUAUGUACACAAUCAACUGAUUAUCUUCAUCAUAUAUUUCAUUUACAUGAUAAACUACCUGAAGAUACACGUCUUAGUGAAGAAGAUCAAGCAUUAGUUGAUAAACGUAAUCGUGCCUUAAAAGAACGUGAUGAAAAAAUUGCACAAUUAAAAGAACGUAAAAAUAAAUUUGAACAAGGUACUUGGAAUGCAGAUAGUGUUUUUCUUGGUGGUCUGGGUUAUGAACCAACAUUAAAUCCUGAUGAUGAUCCAAUUGUACGAUUUGAACAAAGUUUAGAAAGUCAUCAACCUAAAUCUAAACGUAUUGAUUUAUUCGAUCCAAGAGCUCAUGAAAAAGCCGAAUCAAAUAAACGUUUAUUAACAACUGUUUUAAAUAAUGUCAAAAAUAUAAAUGCACAAAAACGUUUAGAAUAUAUAUGGAAAACAGUAAGAAUGACUGAUAAUGAUCGUUUACAUAUGGCUGUUAAAUAUAGUACACGUGAAUAUGAAUCAAAAAUUGAAGGGGCACUUGAAGCUUGGGAAUCAAUAUUACAAUUAAUUGUUCGACGAGAAAAAUUUAUAAAUGAUUUGGAAAAUUUUGAACGUACUGCAUCGGAUGCUAAUCGAUUUUUUGAAUCAGGUCCGAUGGGUGCUUCGAAAACUCGUUUAAGUGAAUCUCGUCGUCGAACAUAUUUAUAUAAUCAAUUAUCUAUACUUGAAAAACAGAUAACUGAACAAUGGAAUAAAAUCAAAACAAAUUUUGGUGAUACAGUUACUUAUAAUGGUCGUAAUUAUCUUGAUAAAAUUCAAUAUGAUAAAUUAGAAAUGUUACAUUAUUUACAAGAAGAACGUCGUUUAAAUUAUUUACAUUCCUAUACAUCCAUUGGAAAACAUAGUCAACUUGAUUCAACUUUUAAUCAUGUUUUAUAG